AUGGAAUAGUUGGCUAAUCAUUUGACACCCAUUUGAAUCUUCACCCCCAAAACUUCAAUUUCCAUCUCCUUCGUAGCCAACAUCAUGUAUGGACCAGAAUCUCUCUCUCCCUCCCCCUCUCUCUUUCUUUCCUCAAAAAGCUAUUCUUCUUAUCUCUACCCAAAUCAAAAUAAGUUAAGCUGCAUGUCUAUAGGAGUAGUACUAUACUGUUGAAAAGCAGAGAAUCAAUCACUCUCUUUAGUUUCUCUUAACAAAUUCUUUCUACUUUAAAUAUGAGCCAGUGUGUUCCUAGCUGGGAUCUUGAUGAUAAUCACACUCAUCCUCGCCUAUCAAACUCUAAUUCUACUGCUCCUGAUGUCCCAAUGUUAGACUAUGAAGUUGCUGAGCUCACAUGGGAGAACGGCCAAGUCACCCUUCAUGGUCUGGGUGCGCCGCGCGUCCCCACCAAACCAUUCACUAAUUGGGACAAGCCACGAGCCACUGGUACACUUGAGUCUAUAGUCAACCAAGCCACACGCUUGCCCGAACCCAAGCCUACUGCUACGCUUUUUCCCGCCGAUGAACUCGUCCCAUGGUUUCGUGCUGGUUCCACUGCAGCCAACUCCGCCACAAUGACUAUGGACGCUCUCGUCCCUUGCUCUAACGAUGAACGUACUACGCACGUGAUUGACUCUGUUACUGGCCUCGGAGGCACGUGCGUUGUGGGGUCUUCCACUCGUGUUGGGUCGUGUAGCGGUCCAGCAGGCACCCAGGACGAGGGGGGGAGACGAGUGAGGACGGCGGCGCGUGUUGCGGUGGCCGGCGAGUGGAGUGGAAGAGACCAGAGCGUGAGUGGCAGUGCGACGUUCGGGAUUACUCAGCCGUUGACUUUUGACACGUACGAGAGAGAUGUUGGUGUGGGUUAUACUUCGACUUCAAUGGGUUCGCCGGAAAACACCAGCUCGGCUAAGCUCUGCGCCAAACCCACCACUACCGAUGACCAUGACUCCGUUUGCCAUAGCCGAUCUCAGAGAGACACAUGUGAUGAGGAGGAGAAGAAGCUGAAAGCAAGAGGAAAAUCAUCGGCUUCAACUAAAAGGAGUCGAGCGGCUGCUAUUCAUAACCAAUCCGAACGUAAGAGGAGAGAUAAGAUAAAUCAAAGAAUGAAGACUCUGCAGAAGCUGGUUCCCAAUUCCAGUAAGACUGAUAAGGCUUCAAUGCUGGAUGAAGUGAUAGAGUAUUUGAAACAACUGCAAGCACAAGUACAUAUGAUGAGUAGAAUGAGCAUGUCACCGAUGAUGAUGCCGAUGACAAUGCAACAGCAACUUCAGAUGUCGAUGAUGACACCAAUGGGGCUCGGAAUGGGAAUGGGGAUGAUGGACAUUACUCGCCCUAACAUCCCUCCCGUCCUCCCCAACCCUUUCAUCCCUAUCAUGCCUUGGGACCCUUCCCUCGAACGCUCCCAACCUGCAUCGACACCAAUUGUGCCCGAUCCCUUGUCUGCAUUUCUCUCCUGCCAUUCCCAGCCAAUGAGCAUGGAUGUUUACGGCAGGAUGGCAGCUAUGUAUCAGCAGCUGCUGCAACAACCUCCUAUUUCUAAUUCAAAAACCUAGAAAGCUGGAGUAUUUUGUAUGAUACAUGUUUGGUUUAAAAGUGUGUAGGUUUGAAAAUUAAUUAGUUUUCUAUGAUUUUUUUUUUUUUUUUUUUUUGUUGGAAUGAUGAAAGAAGCUUGAAUAA